AUGGAUCCAGUAGCCCACAGCUGCGUGAGGAACCCCCACCCCCCGGCCCCCGUCUGGGGCUGCCUUCGAAACCCUCACUCGGAAGGCGGCAGCGCUUCAGGGCUGUCCCAUUAUCCACCAACCCCGUUUUCUUUCCACCAAAAACCAGAUUUCCCAGCAACAGCAGCAUACCCCGACUUCUCUGCUUCCUGCCUGGCAGCCGCUCCUCACAGCCUGCCCCGGGCCGAGCGCAUCUUCAAUGAGCAACAUCCUGCCUUCCCACAGACCCCUGACUGGCACUUCCCCAUCUCUGAAGCUGGGCAAAGGCUCAACCCAGGCCCCGCUGGGAGCGCCAGAGAGAUGGGGGCCGGCAGCCCAGGCCUGGUGGAUGGCACCGGAGGAUCGGGUGAGGACUACAUGGUACUUGGGAGCACUGCCAGUGAGUCGGAGAAGAAAUCAUCCAGAAGGAAAAAAGAGCGGUCAGACAACCAGGAGAAUGGAGGAAAGCCAGAAGGAGGCAGCAAGGCCCGGAAGGAAAGGACCGCCUUCACCAAGGAGCAGCUGCGAGAGCUGGAGGCUGAGUUCGCCCACCAUAACUACCUGACCAGGCUCCGAAGAUAUGAGAUCGCAGUCAACCUGGACCUUUCAGAGCGGCAGGUCAAAGUGUGGUUCCAGAACCGGAGAAUGAAGUGGAAGCGUGUGAAGGGGGGUCAGCCCGUGUCCCCUCAUGAGCAGGACCCAGAGGAUGGGGACUCUGCAGCUUCUCCAACUUCAGAGUGAGAUGCGCCAAAGACCAAAAAACCAAGAAAGACUGAACCCCCUUUCCUACACCCUCCACCUAGUCCCACCAUCACCUCUUCCAGACCGACCCAGAGAAGCCUCUGCACACCUUAUGACUCUUAGAUGUGGAAUUACCCAGUGUGUGGGAGCCUUGAAUUUCCCAGAGGUGGUAACCCCUCCCCCAGGGCUUCAGCCUCCCACACUCUCUUGAACUCCACUGUACCUACUGGUCUGGGAAGAUCUAGAAACAGCAUCGGGGCACUCUUUUUCUGGGUCUCUUGGCGGCUCCCCACA